CAGCAGAGCCGGGCCGGUCGAGCCACAGCCAACCACGAGCGGGCAUCUUCUGUUUUCACCUGCCGGCUUUCUCUCCUCCUCCUCCUCUUCACCACCUCUUCGCCAACUUGCUGUCUGCUGCUGCCGUAAUACGCCCAAUUGACCCAAUUCCACAAUGCUGAGAUCCUCUGCUGCCAAGCUCUCGAGAUCCGCGAUCCCCCUCGUCGGUGCCCGCAACGCUACCUCCCUCGCCCCCACCUCCGACAUCUUCAAGCCGUUGAAGUACGGCGGAAAGUACACCGUCACCUUGAUUCCCGGCGACGGUAUCGGUGCCGAAGUCUCCGAGUCCGUCAAGACCAUCUUCAAGGCCGACAACGUCCCCGUCGAGUGGGAGCAGAUCGACGUCACCGGCGUCGGCAACUCCGAGGACGGCAUCCGCGAGUCCGUCCAGUCCCUCAAGAAAAACAAGGUCGGUCUCAAGGGAAUCCUCUUCACCCCCGUCGAGCGCUCGGGACACACCUCCUUCAACGUCGCCCUCCGCCAGGAACUCGACAUCUUUGCCUCCCUCGUUCUCAUCAAGAACAUCCCCGGCGUCGAGACCCGCCACAAGGGCAUCGACAUGUGUCUCAUCCGUGAAAACACCGAGGGCGAGUACUCCGGUCUCGAGCACCAGUCCGUCCCCGGCGUCGUCGAGUCGCUCAAAAUCAUCACAAAGUACAAGUCCGAGCGCAUCUCGCGCUUCGCCUUUGAGUUUGCCCUCAAGAACAACCGCAAGAAAGUCACCGUCGUCCACAAGGCAAACAUCAUGAAGCUCGCCGACGGUCUCUUCCGCCAGACCGUCAAGGACAUGGGCGCUGAGUAUCCCACCCUCACCACCAACGACAUGAUCGUCGACAACGCCUCCAUGCAGGCCGUCUCCUACCCGCAGCAGUUCGACGUCCUCGUCCUCCCCAACCUCUACGGCUCCAUCCUCUCCAACAUCGGCGCCGGUCUCGUCGGCGGCCCCGGCCUCGUCCCCGGCUGCAACAUCGGCCACGAAAUCGCCGUGUUUGAGCCCGGCUGCCGACACGUCGGUCUCGACAUCAAGGGCAGAAACCAGGCCAACCCGUCCGCCCUCCUGCUCUCCUCCUCCAUGAUGCUCCGCCACCUCGGCCUCGACGCCCACGCCGACCGCAUCUCCAAGGGUGUCUACGCCGUCCUCGCCGAGGGUAAGGUCAGAACCCCUGACCUCAAGGGCACCAACAGCACCUCCGAGUUCACCAAGGCCGUCCUCGACAAGAUGGAGACUUUGUAAUUCCCUCUCUGUUCUUCCGUCAUAGACUCGUCUUUCUUCCAUAAAUAAUGAACCAGAUCCGCAUGCUUGAUGCUGCGCAUUAGCAUGUCAUCCACGCUUCUUUAUUAUGUCAUUUUUCUCUAUCUUUUUCCUCCUAUUUUUGGCAAUGUUUUUCAUUUUAAUCUCAUGAUCCUCAUUUCUUUUAUUUUUAUUUCUUCUUCUUAUUUUAUCAUAAAUGCAAUUAUCUAAGAAAUGGUAGCAUACAUGAAUCGUAAUAGUAC